AUGAAAGUCGCCGAAAUGUUGUGUGGCAAAGGCCACGAGAACGACACAGAAUACCAGCCACUUCGAUCAUCAAGCCCAGAACCAUGGCAGGCAGAGGUUGAACCAACGAGGCGCAAGUCCCGAGUUUCUGGGGUUAGAAAGGUGUGGAAGAAUUUGGGGUGGACGGUCGUGAUAGUCACGGGGUUGGUCGGCGUGACCUUUUCUCUCGUGGUGUUUGGAAUCGAGCGCUACUUUGUACACGCCUACGAGUCUUCUGGUCUUUCACUAGCCGAUCCUUUCGAGGAUACCGAAAAUUCGACAGAGAGCGCCACACGAUGGGUUAAGCGACUGUCCCCCCACGUCUCACCCGCCAUGGUCCACUCGCAUAACGACUACUUGCGACCUCGUCCCUUGUUUUCAGCUCUAUCAGUGGGAUGCGUGAGCGUCGAAGCAGAUGUCUGGCGCAGCAAAGAUGGAAACGAGCUAUUGGUCGGACACCACUGGUGGGACUUGACACCAAAGAGGACGCUCCGCUCUCUUUACAUCGAUCCUCUCUUGCAGAUCCUGGACUCGAUAAACGCUGAGCGCUCACGAGUCAUUCCAGACUCCAAUAGGCACCCUGCUGGUGUCUUUGCAAAUUAUCCGAAUAGGACACUGAUCCUGUUCAUCGAUGUCAAGGACGAUCCUGUAACGACUUGGCCAUUGGUUCUCGAGCAGCUGCAGCCUCUCCGAGAGCGAAACUACUUGUCCCGACACGACAAGAUUUUCUCACCAGUCACGAAUCAGACUUUCCAGUAUGGCCCUAUUACUGUAGUCGGUACUGGAAACAUUGCCAAGCGCCGUGACGUGAACGUCGGUGCGGACCCGGAACGGUGGCGCCAGUACCAUGACGUCUUUCUCGACGCAUCUCUUGAUUUGCUGAGUCGUCCUGGAUAUUGCGAGAGAAACGACACUUAUUGCUUGGACGUCCAAGAAAACGAAUUUUACACCGCCUCGGUGUCUUUGUGGAGGGCUAUCGGAACCCUCAUGUUCGGUUUCAGCGCCUCCCAACUCAAAACCGUGCGAAGCCAGAUCCAGAAUGCAAAGCGGCUGAAUCUUAUGUCGCGGUACUGGGAGCUACCUGGCUGGCCAAUCUCGUACCGCAACUAUGUCUGGAAGAUUCUCGCUCGGGAAGGGAUUGAUCUUCUGAACGCCGAUGAUAUCGUCAGUGCGGCGACGAGACACUGGAGUUCGAAUGCUGUCAGCGAGACUGUCUGGAUGUGUGGUGUUGGCUCAUUCCUGGCUGGCUUUUCUAUUACUCUGAUUUUUCUUGGGAGGAGAAUGAUUUGGCGCGAGUUGUCUUUGAGAUAG